GAUGGAUCCUCUCCUUGAUCAGGGGUACACUGUAUACACAGAUCAAUUCUACACAUCUGGACCUCUGUACAAGGAGCUUUACAGUCGGGGUACAAUGGCUUGUGGUACCGUCCAGCAAAACAGGAAGGGUGUUCCUCAACAUUUCAAAAACCCACGUGUCUUUGGGAAGUCACCACGAGGUUCAUUCCGCUAUGAUCGUGACAACGAAUUGUUGGUCAUUCAGUGGGUGGACCGGAGCGUGGUGACGGUAAUGAGCAACCUUCAUUCUGGACACCUCUAUACUCCCUGCGAACGAUUUACCAAAGAUCGCGCAAAGUAUGAGGGGCACCACAAGAUAACCAUUUCCAGACCUGAGGCUAUUGGCGAUUAUAACAUCCAUAUGGGCGGAGUCGAUAAGUCCGACCAAAUGAUAAAAUAUUAUGAAGUCCUUCACAAGAGCCUCAGGUACUGGAAGAAGAUCUUUCUGCACAUGAUUGACUUAGCCGUAUUCAACAGCUACAUCAUGUUUACUGCCCUUCAACAACAUCCUCAAGAUCCACUUCUCAAGAGGAAAGGGCAGUAUACGCAGAAAGACUUCAGGUGUGAGCUUAUGCGAGGGUUGGCUGGAAUCGAUGUCGACGAACCUGUACCACGGUAUUGUGCAUCAACCCAAAGGGUGGUACAGGUUCGGCCACACCUACAUUACCAACAUCAACAACACAUACAAACACUACAACAACAAAUGCAACAACAACAAAUGCAACAGGAUCUAGUCAUACAGACACUACAACAACGAAUGCAUCAACAACAAAUACAACAUCAACAAGACAUACAACAACAACAACAAAUGCAUCAACAACAAAUGCAACAACAACAACAAAUGCAUCAACAACAAAUGCAACAACUACAACAACAACACCUCUUGCAACGACAACAAAUAGAACAACAAAUACAACUCAUACAACAGCAGCAACAACAACAACAACAACAACAACAGCCAAACCCUCGGCAUAGCUCACACAUCCCGAUUGUAGCAGAGCGGUCAGUACGUUGCAUUGUUUGCGUCAGCGCAGGUAGGAAAAACACCAAAACUCGUUAUCGGUGUCAAGAAUGCAACGUACCCCUCUGCGUGUCAUCCGCUGAAAGACAUUGCUUUUUGACAUACCAUUCAUAAUUGCUAAUAUAUUAUAUGUAUUUGUAUACAUAUUUGUGUACAUAUUUGUAUAAAUAUUUGUAUAAAUAUUUGUAUAUAUAUUUGCAUAUAUAUAUUUGUAUAUAUGCAUUAUGUUUACUGUAUAUAUUUCCAUUUGAUGUUAUGGCAAGUAGUGUUAGUUUUUAU